AGGGUUUCUGUCGGAGGCUUCCUCUCUUGGCCCCAUUGGUUUUCUUUCCUCCAAGACUGUCUUUCUUUCUCUUCCGGUUCUCGCCUGGUCGUGUGUCAGAUCAGCCAGCAUCGAAAUGGCCAAGUCUAAGAACCACACGACUCACAACCAGUCUCGUAAAGCCCACAGGAAUGGCAUCAAGAAGCCCAGGUCUCACCGCUAUGAGUCUCUAAAGGGGGUGGAUCCUAAAUUCCUGAGGAACCUGCGCUUUGCAAAGAAACACAAUAAAAAGGCAGUAAAGAAGGCACCAAUCCAGGCACCAAUCAAGGCACCAGUCCAGCCUGCCAAGGAGAAAUAGGCAGCUGUCUGCUCUGUUUGUCAGUGUUUCAUAGACUGUGUUCACCAUCACAAUAAAGCAAUGCUUUAACAAACGCAA